UUGAAAAGAUAACAAAGAUGGCUGCGCUAUCAGUGAAAGGAAGAGAAGUUUUUAUGUUAUUUGUGUUUUUCUUAUUUUAAACUGAUUUAUAGGUGCAUGUUCAAAUUAAGCGAUAGUAUUUUUUAACGAAAUCAAAAAACAAUCACAAACAUUGGCGUAAUGACGCUACGUCGAAACGUAAUUACACUAUUGAUAUGGAUAAGUGUAGUUACGAUAUUUACGAUACAUGUAAUAUUAACGCGUCGAAAGGAUGAGGCGAAGCAUGGAAAUGUUAUUGAAAGAAGUAUAGACGAUUUAGUUAAAAGAACCGAAGAUCUCGAUAAAAAAUUAUUCUUUGAGUCGGCUGAUACCACACCGAAGCGAGAACAAUGCGUUACACAUCACGAGUACAAGCAAACGGUAAACGAAAUUAAAGAUGGCACUACGAAGCUGAAAUCAGAGAAAUUAAAACUCAUAAACCGAAUUGGAGAACUUCAGGACGAAAUAAGCAGCUUGCAAGCUGACAAAACAAAAAUGUUGGAGAAAGAGAAAAAAUAUAAGAAGCUAGCUAAAAGGUUGGCUGCAAAACUGAAAGGACACGAUCAAAAUUUGCCUAAAUUAGACCCAAAUAUACCAUGGGUAUUUGCAAUCACGCCAACAUAUUCUAGGUAUACACAAAAAGCAGACUUGGUUCGUUUAUCGCAGACUUUAUUAUUAGUCACAAACUUUCAUUGGAUUAUAGUAGAAGAUUCUGAACACCGCACUGAGCUUGUUAACCAACUUCUUCAAGAAUCUGGACUGAGUUUUACACACUUACAUAUAAGAACUCCGUCUAACAUGCAACGCAAAAAAGGAGAGCGAUAUAAUAAACACCAUCGCGGUGUUUCACAAAGAAACCUCGGGUUGCAAUGGCUACGAGACAACGUAAAUAUAGAGCGCACCCCGGGUGUGUUGUAUUUUAUGGAUGAUGACAACACUUAUCACAGAAAGAUAUUUGAUGAAAUGCGAUACACAAACCAUGUUUCCAUUUGGCCGGUUGGUUUGUCGGGGGGAGCAAGAUGGGCUGGUCCUAUCGUUGAGCAUGGGAGAGUUGUAAAGUUCCAUACUAAUUGGGCACCCAAUCGUACAUUCCCAAUAGAUAUGGCUGGCUUUGCUAUCGGAUUGAAAUAUCUGUUAAAGGAAAGGCCCUUGGUCAAGUUCAAUUCGCUAGCGAAGAGAGGAUAUUUGGAGCCAACAUUUUUGGAAACAUUGACCACCAUGAAUGAAUUGGAACCUUUAGCUGACAACUGUACAAAGGUCUUAGUGUGGCACACACGAACGGAGAGCGCGAAAAAAAGCAUACUAGGAGAAAGAGAGAUGAUCAAACAAGGCAAAGAAACGUAUCCCAAUAUGGAAGUAUGACCAGUCCUUAUAUGGCAGUUGGACGCGUCUUUAUAUGUAAAGUUGUUUACCCAGGAUGGCCUCUUCAGCUCCAGUGGGUACUGCUAUCAACAGGGGUCCUGCGAAAGGGUUCUAGUGCAUUUAAAGCUUCCAUCUAAGCCACAAAAGCCGUGCAAGCACAGCAAUCGCUCAACUAGACAACCGGUUAAGAUAUCAAUCGUAUUCUCAUGCUGAACGUUAGCAAAAAGGAUCGUUUCACACUUUUAUAGUCUGUCUGGCAUGACUCGGCCAAUGUUCGAAGCCAAGACCUUCCUUACUGAAAGCAAACACUAUGUCACAAGGCUACCAGCGGGUUAAAGGAAAUUUUAUACACUAUCAAGCAACAUACGUGUGAAAGAAUUUACGCUCGCUUUCAAAUCUGAUUAAUAGUGUACAUUAUUAAUUUAUUUCAGUAUUACUAUUUCCCUUUAUUAAAUGACAUAUAGCA